GGUGUGAAUACUUUCUGAAGGCACUGUAGAUCUAUGAUUGCAUUGGUAGCUAAUUAUAUACAUAAAAUGUGUAAUGUGUACAUUAAAAUGUGAGUAAUUGAUUUGAUUGGUUCCUCUCUGCAUUCCCUCUCUGCGCUUGGAGUCCACCUCUCUUUCAUCAAAUUGACAUGACCUAUUGCUGUUGACAUCCAUAACGCAUUGCGCUGUGGGCUACGAGGUCUCACUCACCAGUCCAAUAUAAAUACAGGGAUCACAUUUGCCAAGGCACACAACUUCUGCCCGGAUCUCUACUGGCAUCACAGGGAUCUAAUAUCCUCCGUCGCAAUGAAGGGUGUGAGGACUAUUACAGCUUAUGCACUUGCUCUUUUACUUCUGGUAACGCUCGUCUCCCAUUCGUGGAGUGCACCGAAGGGCAGUUUCCAGAGGAGAAAUUGGUCACCUCAGGCAAUGCUGUACCUCAAGGGCACUCAGGGACGGCGGUUUAUCAGCGAGGACAGAAAAGAGGGAGACGUAUAUGACACAUUACAUUUAGAGACUCGGAGUCAAAACACAGAGAAACUCAGUGUGAACCAGGCAGCCACAGUCCUGCUCAAUUUCCUGCAGCAAGCCAAGGAGGAUGGAGAAGAAAAUCCUGAACAGCUGUACUUUCAAGACUUGCCGGCAUGGAAAAGAGAGUACUUCUGAUGUAUUUUU